AGAGAAUUUGCAUGAACAAAGUUUUGUUCAAAGGUCACAGAGUAUGACACUCUAUGGCUAGUUAUACAGUUACAAAGGCGGAAACUGAACAUAACACUAUUUUAUCCACUGAAGCCUGAAGUGAUUAUUCACUACAGAUCUCUCUUUAGAGACGAUUACUGAGUAGCAGUGGUGGAGCUCCGGAUCUCUCCUGAUGGAUUUACACACUGUGUGCUGCAGUCUGCUUCUGCUACUGACAUGUUCAGGUCGAGGCUUUGGCCAAGUGUUGGAAUUACCUGAGAGUAUAAAUAAAACAGUUGGGGAGAAUGUAGUAAUUACCCCAAAACGUAUUCCUCAUCCUCCUCACAGCUUUGUCAGAUGGAACUUUAAUACAACAGUCAUUCUUGCUGGACCACCGAAUGGAGUUCAUAUACUGCCACCGUACAAAGACAGAGUCAGUUUUAACACCACAUCUUUAGCUCUGGAGCUCAGGAGCCUGACUGAGAGUGAUACUGGACAAUAUGUACUGAGUGUAGACACUACAACUACUUACACUGGUCAGACCUCACUGCUGGUACUUGUCCCAGAUCCAGUCUCCAAUGUUACCAUAGUACCAAGUCAAACAGAGCUGGUCGAAUUCAACACUGUGAGUUUCGUCUGCUCUGCUUCCGGCUCCUUUUUUUCAUUUAUUUGGCUAAAUGACAGCUCUGAGAUAACAGCAGGGGAGCGAAUCCAGAUAACAGACAACAACAGCAAACUGACCAUUACCAGUGUGAUGAGAGGUGACACAGGCCCAUACGAGUGUGAAGUAUACAACAGCAUCAGCAGAAAUAGGAGUCUCCCAUUCAGCCUCACCAUUUACUAUGGUCCUGAAAAUGUUGCUGUGGCAGCAGAUCCAGAGGGACCCUUCUACAGUUCUGGAUCUAAUCUCAAAUUAAACUGCUCAGCUGAGUCCAGGCCUGCUGCUGAGUUUCAUUGGGCUGUGAAUGGAACAGAGCUUGUUAAAAAGGGCCAAGUGCUCAAACUGAACAACAUUCAGAUCAGUCACAGUGGCAAUUACACCUGCAUAGCCCAUAACACACAGACGCUACAAAACUCUGUGUCUGAACCGAUCAGCGUCAAUAUACUAGUGCCAGUCUCCAACGUUGCCAUAAUACCAAGUCUAACCGAAGUUAAACUCAACAACACUGUGAGUUUUGUCUGCUCUGCGUCCGGCUCCUCUCUCUCAUUUAUUUGGCUGAAUGGCAGCUCUGAGGUAACAGCAGGGGAGCGAGUUCAGCUAACAGACAACAACAGCAAACUGACCAUUACCAGUGUGAGGAGAGGUGACACAGGCCCAUACGAGUGUGAAGUAUACAACAGCAUCAACAGAAAUAGGAGUCUCCCAUUCAGCCUCACCAUUUACUAUGGUCCUGAAAAUGUUGCUGUGGCAGCAGAUCCAGAGGAACCUUUCUACAUUUCUGUGUCUAAUCUCAAAUUAAACUGCUCAGCUGAGUCCAGGCCUGCUGCUGAGUUUCAUUGGGCUGUGAAUGGAACAGAGCUUGUUGAAAAGGGCCAAGUGCUCAAACUGAACAACAUUCAGAUCAGUCACAGUGGCAAUUACACCUGCAUAGCCCAUAACACACAGACCCUACAAAACUCUGUGUCUGAAUCGAUCAGCAUCAAUAUACUAAUGCCAGUCUCCAACGUUGCCAUAAUACCAAGUCUAACCGAAGUUGAACUCAACAACACUGUGAGUGUCAUCUGCUCUGCAUCCGGCUCCUCUCUUUCAUUUAUUUGGCUGAAUGGCAGCUCUGAGGUAACGGCAGGGGAACGAGUUCAGCUAACAGACAACAACAGAAAUUUGACCAUUACCAGUGUGAUAAGAGGUGACACAGGCCCAUACGAGUGUGAAGCAUACAACAGCAUCAGCAGAAAAAAGAGUCUUCCAGUCAGCCUCACCAUUAAGAUUAAUGAUAGUGGGAAUGAAGGAGGAGAUGGAGAUUCACUGUCUGCAGGAGCUAUAGCUGGGAUUGUUAUUGGAGUUUUAUUAGCUGUUGCUGCAAUUGCUGGUUUGAUUUUCUAUUUUGUGAAAGUAAAAGAAAUGCCAAGAACAAACUCCAGAGGAAAUAACCAGAGUGGAGCAACACAUAAUGCAGGUGGACAUGAUUCACAGUAUGAAAAUAUCCUCAGAUUCCAUAAUCUGAACACCAGGGUGACUGUGGGUGGAUCUGACACUCAGACGCCUCACAAACCUCACCCUGUUACGGAUACAUACUAUGAAAAUAUGGUCGGCUCCCAUAACAACCCUGUGAUGCGUCACACACCUCACCCUGAUGAGAUGGAGAUGCUACCCUUUAAAGCCAGUCCUCUAAUCUUCUGGCUUGUUGGGCCAUAUUCUUCCCCUUUGCAAGAUCCCUACUUCCAAUUACCCCCAAAACGUAUUCCUGAUCCUCCUCACAGCUUUGUCAGAUGGAACUUUAAUACAGCAGUCAUUCUUUCUGGACCACCGAAUGGAGUUAAUAUACUGCCACCGUACAAAGACAGAGUCAGUUUUAACACCACAUCUUUAGCUCUGGAGCUCAGGAGCCUGACUGAGAGUGAUACUGGACAAUAUGUACUGAGUGUAGACACUACAACUACUUACAUUGCUCACACCUCACUGCUGGUGCUUGUCCCAGAUCCAGUCUCCAAUGUUACCAUAGUACCAAGUCAAACAGAGCUGGUCGAAUUCAACACUGUGAGUUUCGUCUGCUCUGCUUCCGGCUCCUUUUUUUCAUUUAUUUGGCUAAAUGACAGCUCUGAGAUAACAGCAGGGGAGCGAAUCCAGAUAACAGACAACAACAGCAAACUGACCAUUACCAGUGUGAUGAGAGGUGACACAGGCCCAUACGAGUGUGAAGUAUACAACAGCAUCAGCAGAAAUAGGAGUCUCCCAUUCAGCCUCACCAUUUACUAUGGUCCUGAAAAUGUUGUUGUGGCAGCAGAUCCAGAGGGACCCUUCUACAGUUCUGGAUCUAAUCUCAAAUUAAACUGCUCAGCUGAGUCCAGGCCUGCUGCUGAGUUUCAUUGGGCUGUGAAUGGAACAGAGCUUGUUGAAAAGGGCCAAGUGCUCAAACUGAACAACAUUCAGAUCAGUCACAGUGGCAAUUACACCUGCAUAGCCCAUAACACACAGACCCUACAAAACUCUGUGUCUGAACCGAUCAGCGUCAAUAUACUAGAUAGAGGGAGUGAAGGAGGAGAUGGAGAUUCACUGUCUGCAGGAGCUAUAGCUGGGAUUGUUAUUGGAGUUUUAUUAGCUGUUGCUGCAAUUGCUGGUUUGAUUUUCUAUUUUGUGAAAGUAAAAGAGCCAAGAACAAACUCCAGAGGAAAUAACCAGAGUGGAGCAACACAUAAUGCAGGUGGACAUGAUUCACAGUAUGAAAAUAUCCCCAGAUUCCAUAAUCUGAACACCAGGGUGACUGUGGGUGGAUCUGACACUCAGACGCCUCACACACCUCACCCUGUUAUGGAUACAUACUAUGAAAAUAUGGUUGGUUCCCAAAAUAAGAAACCUGUGAUGCGUCACACAUCUCACCCUGAUGAGGGAGUAAUAUAUGAAAACCCCUGACAUGCAGAAAUCAGCUCUUUGUAGAUAAUGAGGGAUUAAAGAGGGCAAAUGUCACCAGCUCUGGGAAGAGGAAGUAACAGUUAAUAUUUGUUUUGAUUGGUGUUUUGGUUAACAGAUCUGAUAGAUGAAAAUGUAUGAAAACAUGUAUGUAUAGUAAUUUUAUAAGA